UCCCCGCCAUCUUUGAAGGGGGUCAUGGCGGCGUCAUGGAUUCGGGUGACCCUUCUUCGCCCUCAACCUGCACAGCGGCUGGUCUCCCGCGCUAGGCAUUCCGGGGAACCCGACACAAGCGCCGAAACUGCCAAGGCUAUCAGCUUCUGCCCACCUGUAGACUCCAAAUACGAUUGGGUUGGGCCUCCUGAUCGAUAUUCCAAUAUUCGACCAAUAAGAUUCUUUGUUCCAGCAGAUGAGUCUCCUUUAGAAAGAAAACUCAGAGAGUUGCGUCAGGAAACACAAGAUUGGAAUCAAAAGUUUUGGGCAAAUCAGAAUCUAACCUUUAUUAAGGAAAAAGAAAUAUUUAUCCUCUCAAAACUUCAUGCCUUGGGUUUGGGACAGAAAGAUGAAAAAGGACGCAAAAGGACACUGGAUGCAGAAGUGAUGGCGGAUUUUUAUAAGGCUUUCCUUAGCAAGAACUUUGCAAAACAUGCACAAUAUAACAGGGAAUGGUACAAGAGGAAUUUUACGAUCACAUUACUGAUGGGACAAGUCACAUUAAAGAGAUAUUUGAAGAAAAUUGGAUGGAAAUAGGCUUUAUUGGAGAAGAUUUUUAUUUAUAAAAAUAUAUAAUUCACAAAAAUGUA